GUUCAAGAUUUUAGUGAUCUCUGAGCUUGACUCUCUUCUACUUCCUCAAACCGACCUCUGGCGCGUUGGUAUACUUCAAAAUGGGUCUACCCUCGGCUCCAGUAUUAUUUCGUACAACAUCAUGUGCUUUCAUCUCCUUCCACUACAUUCUGUACACCUUGAAUUCUUCCAUGCAGAUUCCACAGUAAUCGCAAACACGUGAUGACAUUUCAAAACAUCACCAGACAACCACCUGAUCCUCCUGUAUCUUCCACCCCUCACUUCCCCAGAUAAAUCAACACCGCUGAUGUCUCAUUUGCAAUUCCAAUCUUCUGUUCUCAUAUAAACUCCAAAAGCAAAUGAGUUCAUACUUUGGAAAUUUCCAACCUGUUCAAAAAUACAGCCAAACAAUCCUAUCCCAACUAAACACCUUCAACAUAAUGACACCCAGCGACCCCAAACCCCUCUCGCCCACCCAAAUCCCCAUAUCCAUCGAUUCUCAGCUCACUCCAACAAAAGCCUACUACCUCCUCCACCACAAACACACAACCUCAGUCCUCUCCCUAACACCCCACCUCCCGACCCUCUACACCCCAACCGAAGGCCUCUCCCUCAUCGCUGCCUCAAAUCUCGCGACCUCGAGCGGAGAACCGUUUCCUCCUGUCUUAUAUACACUCAAGAAGGAAAAUCUAUUCGGCACCCAUUUCACCGCAAAAGACGACAAGGGAAUCGAGGUUGCCGAGUGGAAAAGUCCGAUUUUGAGCCUACAUAUGGGAACGACGCAAAUUACGUUCUUGCAUCCAGACCAGCAUUCCGAUGAAAGUACAUUGACGCCUAUCCCGAGCGGGAUGCAAAUCGAAGCUACUCCUACGGUAGAACACCACGAGGUUAAUGGGGAGAUGGUGCAAGUGAGACCCGUAGGUGUGGGACGGCGGGCUGAAGAUUUCGUCAAAGAUGGCAUGAGAUAUAUCUGGGAAGUAGAGAGACAUAAACACGAGCAUAAGAAUCUCCACAAAGUAAUCCACGCCGAAUCUCCAACGCCUUCAAAGAUCCUGAUAGCCAGCUUCGCGCAACCAAGCCCGCACUCCAAAGAUGGGCUCCUGGUGCUGGAUUCGAGAGAGUUGGAUCCGUUGACGGGCAUUUUGACUCUUUGUGCUAUGCUUGAGUCUAGGAUAGCGGAAGGCGAUGGGGAUGAGCAGUCGGUGGGGGAGAGGAUGAGUAAUGUGCCUGUUUUGAUGAUGUAGGAACGAUUGGAUGGGUUGGGGAAACAGAGAUGCUGGGAGUUUAUGGUGUGGAAGGGCGUUGGAGGAUGAGAUUUCUGCUGUAAUGAUAGCAUGUGCUUGUAUUAGCUAUUUAAUGAUUAUCAAGGGUAUGAUGUGCACUGGGUUCAAGCGUUGGAGACACUAUAAAGCAGAUGCAU